UUAUUUCCGUACUUGGAGUCCAGGAAAACCCUUCAAUCAGGAUCCAGCAAAAGAUCCAUGCUUAAAGAUGAAAUGUAGUCGCCAUAAAGUAUGCAUUGCUCAAGAUUCUCAGACUGCAGUCUGCAUUAGUCACCGGAGGCUUACACACAGUAUGAAAGAAACAGGAAUUGGCCAUAAGCAAUGGAGGGGUCUCGUCUCAUCCAUCUGCAAGCAGUGCCCGGUGGUCGCCCCCAGCCCCGUCUGUGGUUCAGAUGGUCACACCUACUCCUCUCAGUGCAAGCUAGAAUACCAGGCAUGUGUCUUAGGCAAACAGAUCUCAGUCAAAUGUGAAGGCCGCUGCCCGUGUCCUUCAGACAAAUCAGCCAGAAACGUUAAAAGAGCGUGCAGCAACCUGGAGUUCAGAGAAGUGGCAAACAGACUUCGGGACUGGUUCAAGGCCCUUCAUGAAAGCGGAAGCCAAAACAAGAAGACAAAGGCAUUGCUGAGGCCUGAGAGAAGCAGAUUUGAUACCAGUAUCUUGCCAAUUUGCAAGGAUUCACUUGGCUGGAUGUUUAACAGACUUGAUACAAACUAUGACCUGCUUUUGGAUCAGUCAGAGCUUGGAAGCAUUUACCUUGAUAAGAAUGAACAAUGUACCAAGGCAUUCUUCAAUUCUUGUGACACAUACAAGGACAGUUUGAUAUCUAACAAUGAAUGGUGCUAUUGCUUCCAGAGACAGCAAGACCCACCUUGCCAGACGGAGCUCAGCAAUAUUCAGAAGCGGCAAGGGGUGAGGAAGCUCCUAGGACAGUACAUCCCCCUGUGUGAUGAAGAUGGCUACUACAAGCCAACACAGUGCCAUGGCAGUGCUGGGCAGUGCUGGUGUGUUGACAGAUACGGAAACGAAAUCCUGGGAUCCAGAAUAAAUGGUGUUGCCGACUGUGCUAUCGAUUUUGAGAUCUCUGGAGAUUUUGCAAGUGGAGAUUUCCGUGACUGGACUGAUAAUGAUGAUGAUGACGAUGAUAUUACAAAUGAUGAAGAUGAAAUUGAAGAUGAUGAUGAAGAGGAAGGGGAUGAUGACGAUGAUGGGGAUGACCAUGAUGGUUACAUUUGAUUGAUGACAGCUGAGAUCAAUAAAUUCUUUAUUUCUAAUAUUAAAAAAGUGAUAGCCUAUUGAGAAUUACCUUCUCGUUCCAAAACAAAAUGAUUCUACACCUCACAUAUAUUUUGUAUAAUUAUUUCAAAUAUUGCAGCUAAAGUGAUAGAACUUUAUGUUUAAGUAAGAAUCAUUUACUUUCAGUUUUUAUAUGACUUACAGAAAAAGAAAACAUACAUGGAGUCUAGCUAGACAAAAGAAAGUUUUGAAGAGCUACUACAAUAAAUUUUUCAUAGGAACAAACUUUGCAAAUCUCCCACACCCAAAAUGACAACCAGUGCUUGGGACUGUAUUUGCUAUUUUUCUGAAAGAUAAUUCUAAGUUAAAUUUACAAUAAAUAAGAUAUAGAGAACUGAGCCCCAAGGAUUUUGUAAAAUUAUGCAUGAUCUUAAUCGCACUUCCAAAGUAGCAUCCUCCAGAACCUAGAGUGAGUCAGGAUGACUAAGAGAGAUACCACGCGGCAAGAAAAACAAGGUUGUAGUAGUAGAGUCCUCUGUCAUGUUUACAUCAACAGUGAUGUGUUUCCCUUGGAAAUUUUUAUGGAUAUGAUAGGAUAUUUACAGAAUGGCAAGUGGAAAACCAUGGAUUCUGAAAGUUAAGAUCUUAGUUGUUUUUUCUGAUAUGUAUUUUAAUUUAGAUGGCAAUCUCAUGUAGAUUUUUGAGAUAUUCUUUAGUAGCAUGAUUUAUGUACCUUACUAGAUUUCUUUACCUUUCUGACCAGCAAUUUAGAGAGCAGAAUUUAAAUUGGGGAGACAAAAGGAAAAACUCAUUUGAACUGUAUUUUCACAAAAAGUUUGUCAUUUGGUCCAACGUCAAAUUUUGAAACCUUAAUCCUUAUUUAUUUCCUAUUUUAGGUCAAAAUUUGCAUAAUUAAUCUUAGAAUCAUGCCAUUUUUGUUAGUAGUGCCAAAACUUAGAGAAUGUAUUGUAUGGGGUCUUGCAAAAAUAGAAAUAGAAAGUUUUUAGCAUGCAUACCAAUAUAGGCUAUUAGGCAAUAUAUAAGCACAUCUACCUAAUUAACAAAUUAAUAUCAGCAAAGGUACUGCUGCUGGAAUGAAGAAAAUGGAGUAUGUUUCUUUCUUUUUUUAUUGUUACAUAAUUGCCAUGUGGACUUGUUUAUGAUUAUUGUGUAGAGUAGCAUUUAAGAUUUAACUGUAGAGAAAAUUACUUUAAACUCUAUUUAAUUUAGCAUGUUAAUUAAUUGUGUAGACAUUUUGGCACACCAUCACUUUUAAGUAUAUCAGACCAAUGGUUUUGUGCCCAUAGUAAAAAUGGAAAAACUUGUUGAAUGUUGCACAUUGGUAUCUUUAAUUUCAACAGUGGACCAUCUGGUUUCCCAGUUUACAAUUCAUUGAAAGCAAAAUUGGUGGAUUAUUUCCAUUUAAUUUAUACCCACUAAAUGAAAACUUUAAUGUUGACCUUAUGUAAUAUUUAAAGUAUAAUGCAUUUUCUUUUUUACUGUUUAUGUAUAGUUUACAAAAUAAAGAAUCUUGUAACCAAAUUAAA